AUGGCUGUUUGUAAGCUAAGAGAACUCGAGAAAACACGAUGGAUUAUCCCAGCAAAGUCAUCGAAUGGAGGAUUUGUUCCUUUAUCGAGGGGAGGGCUGGAAUAUAGUCCGUCAAGAGCCUUCAGUGACAUUUUAUUAUUGCUAAACCUUACUGACAGUGAUACCUACAGCCUCUAUAAGGGUGACAACUGCAGUGUCGUCGCAAAUGACUACCCCAAAGAUAAUAGUAUGUUCGGUUUACUAAAAGGAGUCAAUCUGUGGAAGAGUCAUUACUUGAAUUUGUUCAAUGAUACGGUCGUUGCAGUCGUGACAAAACUGCCACACAGUGUGCAAGCUAAAGUUUUGAAUGUUAAUUACAUUCGCCUCGGUGCAUUUGUAGCUGGUAUAUUACUAUUUAUCUUUGCUCGAAGUCUAGCCAGAAAUACGCUUUCUAUGGAAUUGAAAUUGAUAGGUUUACCAAUCCUUGUUGGUGGAUGGUCACUAGCGAUGUACAUGUUGCAUCUUACUUGGAAAAAUAUCGCAUCGCUCGCCGCACAGUAUCAAAAAUACUCUGUUGCAUAUGUUGCUACGGUCAUGUUGAUCUCUCUGGCUGCCUGCUACAAAAAGGGUCCACCAAGGGAUGCACAGUCAUUGGAUCUUGCUUAG